AAUCGCGCGACAUUUCACGCAUUGAUUGCGUGAAUGUGAAAGUCAGACACAAUUGUCCUUCAAUUCAACGCUUAUAUAAUCAAAAGCAUUACAACUAUUCAUUCAUUCAAACUAUUGUUAAUUGUCUGACAAUUAUUGCUGACAAUCGUAUCACUUAAUUUAUUUCCAAAAAGCAUUUUUCAAUUCAAUUGAAUUCAUUGCCAUUUAAUAGUAUUUGCCAUUCAUUACAGAAAGUGAACCGCUCGUAAACUACCUGAAGAUGAAGCGCACGCCGUCGUCACCGUCAGAGCACAUCCCAUACCAGUUGAAGGCCAGUGAAGCCGACUCUUUGAUCGAUCACUUGAGUGCCCUCGACAUCGACUCUAAGCCACAGUCCAUACGUUUGUCGGGAAUUAUCUGCACUAUCGGUCCUGCCUCCCAGAAAGUGGAGACAUUGGUGCAGAUGAUCAAAGCCGGGAUGGUUAUCGCACGCAUGAACUUCUCGCACGGCGAGUAUGAGUACCACAAGGCCACCAUCGAUAACGUGCGAAAGGCUGCCGAAGUGGCCUCUCAGGAGCUCGGGAUCCCUAACUAUCCGGUGGCUAUCGCUUUGGAUACUAAAGGACCCGAAAUAAGAACCGGUCUUUUGGAAGGA